AUGAAGUUCACCUGUUAUGAACCCAAUAUCGAAUUCCGUUCCGUUGAAGGUGCUUGUAUAUGUCAACACAAUACUGGUGGUGAUACGUGUGAGCGGUGUGCGCGAGGUUAUUACGGUAAUGCUUUGCAAGGCACCGAAGACGACUGUACGGCGUGUCCAUGUCCUGAGAAUGGACCGUGUAUUUUGCAUACUGAUGGCGAUGUGAUUUGUACUGAUUGCCCGCAAGGUUAUACUGGACGAAGGUAUAUUGAUAUCAUUUUUCAUCUGCUUGAUCACAGCAUCGAUCACUUCUGA